AAUGCUAACAUAGAGAAUAGCUGUUACAAUCAAUGUUUUGCUAACAGAAAAACGUUCAUUUUUCUCUUCGUUAUCUAGAUAAAUUAAUAUUCUACAAAACCUUUUACAGGAUGCAAAUGCUGAUUAAUUUUUUAUGCCUCUUUGGUAAUAUAAAAUUUUUUAUUUGCGAUUACAUUAUUCAGCCAAGCGAUUUACUUAUGCUAAACGAACACGAUAUUCAAAAAAUAGACCAUUAUACAAAUACAUGGUAUUUUUAUUCAACUGAGGAACCUGAUCAAAUAUUUAACGAAAUAAAAGAUCAAGGAUUUAUAGCUUUAGAAAAGAUUGAAGGAAUUCCUAAUGUUUAUAAGCUAAGAAAAGAAAAUCAUCCUGAAAAAAAUAGCGAUGGCAAUCAUGAAAUUACAAAAAUAUUAAGAAGCCAUGAUAAGAUUAAUUGGGUCAAACAAGGAUUUAUGAGGUAUCUACACAAAAGGGGACCUACAAGCGUCCGUAGCAGAUACGAACGGUACUUUAACGACGAACUUUGGAGUUUGCAAUGGUAUGAGCACGACUAUCGUUCUGAUAAUGAAUCACCAUUAUUGAAUAUGAACCUUGUCCCAGUAUAUGAAGAACUGAAAUUCACCGGAAAAGGUAUUCGAGUAGCAAUUAUCGAUGAUGGUUUGGAGUAUACACAUGAAGAUCUUAAAAAUAACUACGAUGAAAAAAUAAGCAUCAACUUAAAUUGGAAUACGACAGAUCCAAUGCCCAGGUAUUGUAGUUCUACAAUCAAUCGACAUGGAACUAGAUGCGCAGGAGAAAUAGCUAUGGCAGCAAAUAAUAAUAAGUGUGGAGUAGGAGUUGCUUAUAAUGCAAAAGUAGGAGGAAUAGUUUUGCUUGAUGGCAAAACUAAUGAUGAAAUGGAAGCAAAGGCUGUAAAUUAUGCAUUGGAAUUGGUUGAUAUUUAUAACGGAUCCUGGGGGCCAUUAGAUAAUGGCGAAACUGUUGAUGGCCCUGGAGUUUUAGGACAAUUGGCAUUCGAUAUAGGUGCUUCAAAGGGUCGCUGUGGAAAGGGAUCAAUAUACGUUUUUGCUGCAGGUAAUGGUCGACAUUUACUUGACAAUUGUUCUGCAGAUGGUUACGCGGGAAGUAUUUAUUCUUUAGUCAUAGCUUGUGCUACACGUGAUGGAAAAGCUCCUUUUUAUGCUGAGCGUUGUGCAGCUGUUAUAGCCACAGCAUAUUCUGGAGGUAGUCAGGACAGUAUACAAGUCAUAACAUCGGAUUUGAACAACACAUGUACAACUACUCAUACUGGAACUUCUGCUGCAGCGCCUCUGGUUUCUGGCAUUGUUGCUUUGGCCUUAGAAGCCAAUGGUAAUUUGACUUGGAGGGAUGUUCAACAUUUGAUAGUAAGAAACUGCGAAGUCACGCCAUUAUUGCAUAAUGACGGUUGGUUGAAAAAUGCUGCGGGAUAUAAUUUUAAUCCUCAAUUUGGAUUUGGAUUGAUAAAUGCGUAUAAGCUGGUAAAAGAAGCAAUGGGUUGGAUAAAUGUUCCUGAAAAAACUACGUGCGCAGUUGACUUUUUAAUAAGUAACAACGAAAACAAUAUUGGACGGAACGUGAGUUUUACUUCUUCUGUAAUGUCUAACGGGUGUAAUGGAUGUAUUAAAUAUUUGGAACAUGUUCAAUUGAGUAUUAGCAUUAAUUAUCCAAUUCGAGGUAUGAUUGAAGUGGAUCUAAUAUCGCCGAAUGGUACGCAAUGUAAAAUGAUGGAAUCGCGACCAUUGGAUACAUCGGAUUGUGGUUUUAACGAAUGGAAAAUAAAAUCUCUUCAAUUUUGGGGAGAAAAUCCAUCAGGCUUCUGGAUAGUUUCAAUUAAGGAUCAGAAUUCCAAUAAAAAUAGAGAUUUACUCGGAUCCGUUCAAAAUCUCACGAUAAUACUACACGGAACAAAAGCAUACCCUUACAACUUUGAUAAAUGAUCUAUGUGACGGUGGUCAAUUUACACACGAAAUACUUAUAAUAUAUAUAAAUGUAAUGUAAAGAAUAAUCAUAAUAAACUCUGUUUUAAAC